AUGGGACUCGGCGGGUCUGAUCCUCUUGGCCCCUUCCCCGCUCUGGAGUUGGGGCUGAGCGUCCUGUACACGCUCCUCUACGCCGGCCUCUUCCUCUUCACUUACCUGCAGCUUUGGCUGCUGUUCUACUACCGGGAGAAGCGGCUCAGCUACCGCACCGUGUGCCUCUUCCUUUGCCUGCUCUGGGCAGCGCUGCGCACCGUCCUCUUCUCUUUCUACCUGCAAACGUCCAGCCAAGCCGUGGAGCUCCGGCUCCAGCCGUUCCCACACUGGUUGCUCUUCUGCUUCCCGGUCUGCCUGCUCUUCGCCACCAAUUGCCUCCUCAACCUCUACUUCGCCGAGGUUAUUUUCAAAGUCAAGUGCGCAGCUGAGUUCAACAAAUACAAGACUUUCUUGUACAUGGGGUCUGUAUUCAUCAGCCUCCUCUUCAUCUUUGUGAACCUGACAUGUGCAUUAUUGGCACAGGAUAAUGUUCCAGAGGAUCAGCUAAGGUGGACGGUUUUUGCCCGGGCCUUGAUCAAUGAUAGUCUCUUCAUUCUUUCGGCCAUCGUGUUAGCUUGCUGCAUGUGCAAACUUUCCAAAGUGUCUUCAGCCAAUGUUUACCUCGAGUCCAAGGGCACAUCUCUCUGCCAAGCUCUCCUUGUGGGUUCUGUUGUCAUCCUUUUACACUCUUCAAGAGCUUUUUAUAAUUUGGUGGCAGUAAUGAUCACUCCAGACCAUGCACCUAGUCCAUUCAACUAUGGUUGGGAUAACCUUUCAGAUAAGCUUCAAGGAAAAGAAGUUAACAGUGAGGAGUACGUGGUCUUUGGUGUGGUGCUUUUUCUCUGGGAGUUCGUCCCAACCAUAUUUGUGGUACUCUUCUUCCGAGCGCAGAGGUUGGCCCAGAAUUUGGCACCUGCUGGAAUGAUCAACAGCCACAGUUACAGUUCACGGGCCUAUUUCUUUGACAAUCCAAGAAGAUAUGACAGUGAUGAUGACCUCCCAAGGCUUGGUGGAGGAAGCUUGGCUACUCCUCAGAAUUCUGGGUGGUAUGGCUCUCUGACAGGGAACGACAGCUGCAUCAUGAUUCCACCUUUGGUUGCACCUCCAAUGGAUGUUGCUCCACUGCUGUUCAGCCAUGAAAGCUUGGAAUCCAGAAGUCAUCACAGUUCACAUCCAAAGCCACCAAACUAA